UCAGUGGACGAAGGGCACAAUGUUCUCUUCUCGCGAGACUUGUGAGCGACCAUCUUGCUCCCGCCCCUGACAGAGACUCUUGCCCGGGUCACUGGGACGCAGGACCUGCUGUCCGGACCCUGGUUAACCAUGCUGUCCCGGGUGGUUUUUUCUGCGGCCGCCGCAGCGGCUCCCUGUCUGAAGAACGCAGCUCUCCUUGGUCCAGGGGUAUUGCAGGCAACAAGGAUCUUCCACACAGGGCAGCCAAGUCUUGCCCCUGUACCACCUCUUCCUGAACAUGGAGGAAAAGUUCGUUUGGGGCUGAUCCCCGAAGAAUUCUUCCAGUUCCUUUAUCCCAAAACUGGCGUAACAGGACCGUAUGUGCUUGGAACCGGACUUAUCCUAUAUUUUCUGUCCAAAGAAAUAUAUGUGAUUACUGCAGAGACCUUCUCUGCCAUAUCAACAAUAGGGCUGCUUAUCUAUGUAGUUAAAAAAUAUGGUGCCUCUAUUGGAGAAUUUGCUGAUAAACUCAAUGAGCAAAAAAUUGCCCAACUAGAAGAGGUGAAGCAGGCUUCCAUCAAACAAAUCCAGGAUGCAAUUGAUAUGGAGAAGUCACAGCAGGCCCUGGUUCACAAGCGCCAUUACCUUUUUGAUGUCCAGAGGAAUAACAUUGCUAUGGCACUGGAACUUACUUACCGGGAACGGCUGCACAGAGUAUACAGGGAAGUGAAGAAUCGCCUGGACUAUCACAUCUCUGUGCAGAACAUGAUGCGCCGAAAGGAACAAGAGCACAUGAUAAACUGGGUGGAGAAGCAUGUGGUGCAGAGCAUCUCUGCACAGCAGGAAAAGGAGACAAUUGCCAAGUGCAUUGCAGAUCUAAAGCUGCUUGCAAAGAAGGCUCAAGCACAGCCAGUUCUGUAAAUGCGUCUAUCCUGGUGGAGACAGCUAGAAACAUUUGACUAAAGAAACUAGUCCAUGGAACAAAAGCUUUCUGUAUUGAUGUCUACUGAAGUUAAACUUAACCUUUCCUAAAAAUGAAAAGUUUGUUUCAUAUAGAGAAUUAAAACAAUCUAUUGGCCAAUGAGAUGUUUUUCAUCCUUCUUGCUCUGUAUUUUGAGUUCCAUGAUCACUUUUGAAUGAGCAGUUUGCUGUUAAUAAAAUUCGUUGGCUGACUAACGAUUACCAA